AUGGUGGGAAUGAAGCCCUCUGAUACACCCCCUACCCUGGGGGUGAAGCUGCUGAGUGCUGGGACAGCGGCCUGUAUCGCUGACCUGGUCACCUUUCCCCUGGAUACAGCCAAAGUCAGACUCCAGGUACUGGUUCAAUGCCCAUCACCAGCCCUGAAGACUUGAGUCUGACCCGCUGGUUAACUUGUCUGCAUGCAUCUCCAGUGUUCACUGUAACAUUUACACUUGCUGUCAUGAGAGCUUAGUUGAGUGGCUUUCACAAGUGUUGCGAGGUAAGCUCUUGUGAGUACUGUGGAGGCUAUUGUAGGUACACCAUUGUUUUUAGUUCUUACUGUGGCAUUGCAAUCUUGUUUACUUGUGAAUAGUUUGAUUUUUACUGGUACCUCCUGUAACACUGAUUCUUGUGCGGACCUCCGUUAACACUGACACUUGUGAACCCCAGAUUCAGGGAGAAAAGGUGGCGUCGGAAGCUACCAAGGGCAUCCGCUACAGGGGGGUGUUUGGGACAAUCAGUACCAUGAUCCGGACGGAGGGGCCCAGGUCGCUGUAUAACGGUCUGGUGGCGGGCCUACAGAGACAGAUGUGCUUUGCCUCCAUCAGGAUCGGCUUCUACGACAACGUCAAAAACUUCUACUCUGGCGGAGCAGACAGUAAAUUAGGAUAAAAACAGUUAUUAAUCAGAGAUAAUAAUCUGUGAUCUAUGACAUAUUUUGUACCAAGAGAAGAAGCAUCAUACAGUACCUCAAUCAUCAUCCUUUCAGUACUUAACAAACCCUCUUACCCCCUCUUCCCCUGUCCUAUCCCAGCUGCAAAUAUUGGUAUCCGUAUCUUGGCCGGCUGCACCACGGGGGCCAUGGCUGUGUCGUUCGCCCAGCCCACUGACGUGGUGAAGGUUCGCUUCCAGGCCCAGGUCAACCUGACCGGGGUGGAUCGCCGCUACACGGGCACGAUGCAGGCCUACAAACACAUUUUCAACCAUGAGGGCAUCCGCGGACUCUGGAAAGGUUAGUCAGUACAACCCUGGGCCCCAUUGGUUGAUUUGCCAGUAACACCGAUCCCCAUUGGUUGUGUUGCCGCUAACCUUGAGCCCCAUUGGUUGUGUUUGUCCAUAGUGGAACUGUUUGCAUAGAAAAAAACAAAGAUUGCUGCCUAUGGCAGUAUGUCACUCUCAUCCAAUGUCAGGGAUGUACAGAUAUUAAUCGGAGCAUAUGCUGCUAAGUUUCUGAUAUCAAGGUGGGACAGAACUUGAGUGCAUCUGAAUGUGAAGCUUAGCAGGAUGUUGUUGAUUUUUCUAGGGCCUUUUUCUAAUGAUAGACUGGUGGUUUAAUUCUGGUAUAACGAUUGGGGUUAUUAACCAACCAACCUGCUUCUUGUUCACUCCAGGCUGUCUACCCAACAUCACUAGGAACGCUCUGGUCAACUGCACAGAGCUUGUGACCUAUGACCUCAUUAAGGAGGCCAUUCUUAGGCACAACGUGUUAUCGGGUGAGUGGGUGCUAUUGGUGCAUACAGUCACAGCGAGACAGCUGAACUGGACAGAAGUCCACACACCCUCUCACACUUUUGUCUUCCAUGUGUCUCGCAAGCCUGAUAACAGAGUACAUAGUGCUCUGUCCAGCUAUGGAAUAACACAUUGUGAACGGGCUAACACUUAUCCAAAGGGUUUUUUAUUGCACCUUUUACAACAAAGCGGUAUAAACCAGAGAUAUGGAUUUCCUGCUGGGCUUGAGACAGAGGCCUUAUACAGUACAGUGUAUCUGCAUGGCACUACUUGAACAUUAACUUUAGUGCCUGCAUUACUGUUUUACAACUGUGCCCAUUGAUAUCUUUGUGACAGUGUUUCAAAAGGGCUCUUGAUGACCGUUUUCCCACAGAUAACCUCCCGUGCCAUUUUGCGUCUGCGUUCGGCGCCGGCUUCGUUACCACCUGCAUUGCCUCUCCGGUGGACGUGGUGAAGACACGGUACAUGAACUCUCCGCCGGGCCAUUAUAAGAGUGCCAUCAACUGUGCCUGGACCAUGGCCACCAAAGAGGGACCCACGGCCUUCUACAAAGGGUGAUCUCACUAACAGUCACACACACUGUACAAACAGACCGGUGUCCUCCUUAACGGUUUAACAAGCAUCAGUCUGUUGAUAGAACAAGGAAUUUGGAUGUAGUUCUACAUUUUAGAGUCCCCCCUGUUUUGGGUGGUUACCUUGACACUGUAAUUAUACCAGAGGAGGCUGAUGGGAGGAGAUAUAGGAGGACAGGCUCAUUGUAAUGGCUGGAAUGGAUUGGUAUCAAACAUAUUGAAACCACGUGUUUGGGUCCAUUCCAUUAAUUCCAUUCCAGCCAUUGCAAUGAGCCAGUCCUCCUAUAGCUCCUCCCAGCAGCCACCUCUGAACUCUACUAAGGAAAACCUUGGAGCAUUAUGAGGGCUCUUUAGUGGAAAGUAUCUCCCAGACAGGCCAACUAAUGUUUAAUUUGUCCUCUUUUGUUCCCUUUAGAUUCGUGCCCUCUUUUCUAAGGCUGGGCUCGUGGAAUGUUGUGAUGUUCGUGUCAUUUGAGCAGCUCAAGAGAGUCAUGAUGAUAGGAAAGAAGAAGAUGGAGGACAAAAGUUAA